GCCAUAUAGCGCUACUGUUCUACUGCAGGUUCAGAAGAAAAUUGUAAACAUCCUUCAAGAAACAAACGUUCGGGGGAUGUGUUGUUUUUAUUAAAUGUAUGUUUAUUUAAUAUUUAUUUGCGGAUGACAGACAUUUUAUAAAUAAUAGAACUGAAUGUAUUGCAGUAAGAUUUUUCGCAGAGGACGCUUUUACAUUUAUUCCUGAAUACAACACUCUACCACACGUAAACUGCAGCAACCACUCAUGAUCGCUGAUAUGUGAGACUAUCAUCAGUUCAUUAAAGAUUGUUGCAUCUAUUUUUGGCUAUUUCACUAUGGCCACUCUGACGAGGCAGGAUCUUAAUUUUGGCCAAGUUGUUGCUGACAUUCUGUGUGAGUUUUUGGAAGUGGCCAUUCACCUCAUCCUCUAUGUCAGAGAAGUUUAUCCAUCUGGUAUCUUUCAGAAAAGGAAGAAGUACAACGUACCUGUGCAGAUGUCAUGCCAUCCUGAGUUAAAUCAGUACAUUCAAGACACUCUCCAUUGUGUCAAGCCACUGAUUGAGAAGAAUGAGGCUGAGAAGGUUGUAGUGGUGAUCAUGGAUAAAGAGCACCAUCCAGUAGAGAGAUUUGUGUUUGAGAUCUCACAGCCUCCACUGCUGUCCAUCAGCUCAGAGACUCUGCUGUCCCAUGUGGAGCAGCUGCUGAGAGCAGUGAUCCUAAAAAUCAGUGUGUGUGACGCUGUUCUAGACAACAAUCCUCCAGGAUGUACCUUCACAGUGCUGGUACACACCAGGGAAGCUGCCACAAGAAACAUGGAGAAAGUUCAGGUCAUCAAGGAUUUUCCAUGGAUUGUAGCAGAUGAGCAGGAAGUUCACAUGGAAGAGGCAAAACUCAUUCCUCUAAAAACGAUGACUUCUGAUAUUCUCAAGAUGCAGCUCUAUGUGGAAGAAAAAACACAGAAAACCUGAUUCUGUGUUAGUGGAACACAUGAAAGCAGUUACUACAGGAAACAGGAAGUGUUUUUUUUAUUUUUUGCAUGUUGAUAACAGUCUUUUACCAUAAAGGAAGUAUACUGAGCUGGACUGUGUAAGUAGAAUUAAAUGUUUUAUCAGUAUAUCUGUAUCUUUUGCCUGUUGUUGUCCUGUGUUUUGUCAUCUUUUACUGCUCCUCAUAAUUCUGUCAUGACUACAGUUACAUGUGUGGUUUGGAGCACGCAUUCAUACAGUACUAGAGCUGGGGUGCGUUUCCCCAUACGACACGACUCGCUCCUGCACUACCACAGUAUGAUGCAUUGUUGAACGAAUCAACUAGCUAGUCACGAGUGUUUCCCGAACAUGUCGUUCAGCCAUGUUGGUAAAUAAUGUCACGCUGGUGGUGGAGUAAUAACUUCUUUAAAUGAAUCUUUUUGAGAUUGAAUUAAUGCUAGAUUUUUUUUGCUAUAAAUUACAGACAUGGCAUCUGAGGAUUAAUUCUCUAUUUUCUUACGUACCAGAGCAUGUACGCACAUGCGCACUCUUCAAAAACAGUGCUUAAAAUCUCUUGACAAACUAAAAUAUGUAAAUGACAUUUCUUUAUAUAUAUGAAAUAAAAGAUAUACAUUGUA